AUGACGAACAGUAUCUUUAGUCGUGUUCUAGGAAGAGGAGACUUGAAAACGGACAAGGGGUGUUUGUUGACAGGAAGUCGGCUGUGGACAAUCUCUUAUUCAAAAGGCAUCGAACAGCAAUCAUUGUCUUAUACUUUGGCGGCCUUUCUGGGCGGUGUUGCUGAACAAGAGGAUGACGCCAAAGUUGUUGUUCUUUUUAUGAAUAAUGAUUAUCAAACAAUAGAUACAGAACAAAUUGGACCGGUUUCUGCUAUUGAUAGACACAAUCAAACAUCAUUACUGAACAGGACAAAAACUGGUGUAAUUAAAUCAUUAACACGCUAUAUUAAUGUAUAUUUGAUACUGACACGGAAAUCAGAUGUGAAGAAAUAUGGAACAAACAAUGAUGGAAAUGCUGAUAAUAUUGUAUUUAUGAUUACGCAAAAGGGUGAGUAA